AUGGCGCUAAUAAAUGCUUAUCGAAGACGCAUAAAGCGAGUAAAUUCGCAGCCAUUAAACGAGCAUAAAAGUCGAGACCGACAGGCUACCCCAACAAAUCAAAGUACAAGCCCCAAACAACCCACUCCGCCUCACCCCUCACCACUCCUCACUCACCCCUGCUCUUCUGCCGUCACUUUUCUCUCCAAUGAAAUAAAAACAGGCAACAAUGAAACCCAAAGCGGGUCCCAGGCGAUUUCAAUGCGGGCAUUUGUUGUGGGUCCGAGCGAAGGAAUCAACCACCCUACAGGAACCCCAAGCCAAAACACGGAGAACCGAGAACCGAGAACCUUUCAGGCCAUGCCACGUCCCAACAACCCCAACUCCUGCUUCUGCUGCAACCCUCUGUCCCUCCUCGACUGGCUAUAUAACCAUCUUACCCAACGUUGA